GGGCCGGGACCGCGGGCCCAGCUCGGGGCUGCUCCUAGUCCCCAGCGUCCCGCUCGCUCACUCGCUAGCUCCGUGACCCGGUGGCCACGGGGGAGGCGCGCGGGGCGGGUCAAGGGCGGUGUCCGCAGGUAACCUUCAGGAGGGCGGGGAGGCCGCCGGGACCCCCGGACCCAAAAGCCGAGGGGGAGGAGUGCGCGGCGGUGCGCGAGGGCAGCCAACUUUGGCUUUGGCGCGCGGCUUCGCGUCCUGCCUCUGGGGAGGAGGGGGACUGUCCCCUGCCGAGCUGGGCUCGGACCCUGGCCCUGGGAGAGCCGCCGCAGACCUCGAGAGGUGACUUCGUUGUUCCCGCUCCGGGACCCCGAGCGCCCAGGACGCACCAGACCCAGGCAGGGAACCGCGCUGCGACAUGCAGAAGGGCGACAUCGGCCUGGAGGGGCUGUCCCCGGAGGAAGACCCCGCAGCCCAGGCCGCUGGGGCCGUGGAUGGGGAGGGCGCGCCGCCCGGCGGUCCCCACGCACAGGCGGCCACGAUGAGGGUCAACGAGAAGUACUCGACGCUCCCGGCCGAGGACCGCAGCGUCCACAUCGUCAAUAUCUGCGCCAUCGAGGACAUCGGCUACCUGCCGUCCGAGGGCACGCUGCUGACCUCCCUGUCUGUGGACCCGGAUGCCGAAUGCAAGUACGGGCUGUACUUCAGGGAUGGCAAGCGCAAGGUGGACUACAUCCUGGUAUACCAUCACAAGAGGGCCUCGGGCAGCAAGACGCUGGCCAGGAGGGUCCAGCACAACGACACUGCCCUGGGGGCACGUGGCGCCAAGCAAGACCAGCCUCUGCCUGGAAAAGCAGGCCCGUUGGAAGCAGGCUCGCCUGAGCCCCCGGCCGACUACCACGAGGAUGACAAGCAGUUUCGCAGGGACGAGUAUGAGGGCAACCUCCUGGAGGCUGGCCUGGAGCUGGAGCGGGACGAGGACACUAAAAUCCAUGGACUUGGGUUUGUGAAGAUCCAUGCCCCCUGGAAUGUGCUGUGCAGGGAGGCUGAGUUUCUGAAGCUGAAGAUGCCGACAAAGAAGAUGUAUCACAUUAAUGAAACCCGUGGCAUCCUGAAAAAAAUCAACUCUGUGCUCCAGAAAAUCACAGACCCCAUCCAGCCCAAAGUGGCCGAGCACAGACCCCAGACCAUGAAGAGACUCUUCUACCCUUUCUCCCGGGAGAAACAGCACCUAUUUGACCUGUCUGAUAAGGAUUCCUUUUUCGACAGCAAAACCCGGAGCACAAUUGUCUAUGAAAUUCUGAAAAGAACGACAUGUACCAAAGCCAAGUACAGCAUGGGGCAAGGCGAGGGAAGGAAGAAGGACUCCGCCCUUCUAAGUAAAAGGCGGAAGUGUGGGCAGUACGGCAUCACGAGCCUGCUGGCCAAUGGUGUGUACUCUGCUGCUUACCCGCUGCACGAUGGAGACUACGAAGGUGAAAACGUCGAGUUCAAUGACAGAAAACUCCUGUACGAAGAAUGGGCAAGAUAUGGCGUCUUCUAUAAGUACCAGCCCAUCGACCUGAUCAGGAAAUACUUUGGGGAGAAGAUUGGCCUAUACUUUGCCUGGCUGGGCGUGUACACCCAAAUGCUCAUCCCCGCCUCUGUCGUGGGAAUCAUAGUUUUCCUUUACGGAUGUGCCACCGUCGAUGAGAACAUCCCCAGCAUGGAGAUGUGCGACCAGAGACGUAACAUCACUAUGUGCCCGCUCUGCGACAAGACCUGCAGCUACUGGAAGAUGAGCUCAGCCUGCGCCACAGCCCGCGCCAGCCACCUCUUCGACAACCCAGCCACUGUCUUCUUUUCCGUCUUCAUGGCCCUCUGGGCUGCCACCUUCAUGGAACACUGGAAGCGGAAACAGAUGCGGCUUAAUUACCUCUGGGACCUCACAGGCUUCGAGGAGGAGGAGGAGGCUGUCAAGGAUCACCCCCGCGCUGAGUACGAAGCCAGAGUCUUGGAGAAGUCUUUGAGGAAAGAGUCCAAAAACAAAGAGAAGCGCCGGCAUAUUCCAGAGGAGUCAACAAACAAAUGGAAGCAGAGGGUUAAGACGGCCAUGGCGGGGGUGAAAUUGACAGACAAAGUGAAGCUGACCUGGAGAGACCGGUUUCCAGCCUACUUCACUAACUUGGUGUCCAUCAUCUUCAUGAUUGCAGUGACCUUUGCCAUCGUCCUUGGCGUCAUCAUAUACAGAAUCUCCACAGCUGCUGCCUUAGCCAUGAACUCCUCCCCCUCUGUACGCUCCAACAUCCGGGUCACGGUCACAGCCACGGCAGUCGUCAUCAACCUGGUGGUGAUCAUCCUCCUGGAUGAGGUCUAUGGCUGCAUAGCCAGGUGGCUCACCAAAAUCGAGGUCCCGAAGACAGAGAAGAGCUUCGAGGAGAGGCUGAUCUUCAAGGCUUUCCUGCUGAAGUUUGUGAACUCCUACACCCCCAUCUUUUACGUGGCUUUCUUCAAAGGCCGGUUUGUGGGACGCCCAGGCGACUAUGUGUACAUUUUCCAUUCUUUCCGGAUGGAGGAGUGUGCCCCGGGGGGCUGCCUGAUGGAGCUCUGCAUCCAGCUCAGCAUCAUCAUGCUGGGGAAGCAGCUGAUCCAGAACAACCUAUUUGAAAUCGGCAUCCCGAAAAUGAAGAAGUUCAUCCGUCACAUGAAGCUGAAGCGGAAGAGCCCGCCAGAGCACGAGGAGCACGUGAAGAGGCGGCAGCGGCACGAGGUGGACUACAACCUGGAGCCCUUCGCCGGCCUCACGCCCGAGUACAUGGAGAUGAUCAUCCAGUUUGGCUUUGUCACCUUGUUCGUCGCAUCCUUCCCACUGGCACCACUCUUUGCACUGCUAAACAACAUCAUUGAGAUCCGCCUGGAUGCCAAAAAGUUCGUCACUGAGCUCCGGAGGCCAGUGGCCGUCAGAGCCAAAGACAUUGGAAUCUGGUACAAUAUUCUCAGAGGCGUUGGGAAGCUUGCUGUCAUUAUCAACGCCUUCGUGAUCUCCUUCACGUCCGACUUCAUCCCGCGUCUGGUGUACCUGUACAUGUACAGCCAGGACGGGACCAUGCACGGCUUCGUCAACCACACCCUGUCCUCCUUCAACGUCAGCGACUUCCAGAAUGGCACAGCCCCCAACGACCCCCUGGACCUGGGCUACGAGGUGCAGAUCUGCAGGUACAAAGAUUACCGAGAACCCCCUUGGUCCGAACACAAGUACGACAUCUCCAAGGACUUCUGGGCCGUCCUGGCAGCCCGGCUGGCGUUUGUCAUCGUCUUCCAGAACCUGGUCAUGUUCAUGAGCGACUUCGUGGACUGGGUCAUCCCUGACAUCCCCAAGGACAUCAGCCAGCAAAUCCACAAGGAGAAGGUGCUUAUGGUGGAGCUGUUUAUGCGGGAGGAGCAGGGCAAGCUGCAGCUGCUGGACACCUGGAUGGACAAGGAGCGCAAAAAGGAUGAGCCAUGCAACAACCACAGCCCCAGAGCCUGCCCUGACAGCCUGGGCGGCGGCGGCCUGGCCCCUGACCAUGCACACCACGGCAGCGUCCUGUAGCUGCCACUGGUAGGGCUGGGCAGGCCAGCGGGCAUCCGACCAACAGGCACCCUCUCCCUGGGCAGGCAGCUUCUUGACCCCACCAGAGCCCGGUGGCGCCUAUGUUUUCUGCAAACAUGGAGGACCACUUUCUGAUAGGAAAAUAUUUUUCUUCCUUCGUUCUGUUUUUUUUUUCCCUUUGUUUUUGCACAAAACCAGUAUGCAGGGAAUUUUUUUUUUAUCUUUAGUAUUCAAGAUGAAUCAAAAUUAUGGCUGGUGAUUGGGCAAUAAUUACAUUUAGUAAAGGCAGGUGCUUUGCAGAAACAAUUCUUGGAAACCAUGAGUCUCCUUCACAGUAGAAGGUGAACAGGGGCCCCAGAAAUCAUCUUUUUUAGUUCUUCUGAUGCCUUAAGAUAGGUGCAAAGUGGUAUGCCAUGGCAAUGGGCAAAAGCUAGGGUGAUUUUUCAGGAAGAAUGGAGAAAUUGAGGAGGAAUAACAGUGUUGACAUCGAUUCCCAAAGGGGUCAUCUGCCUGUAUGUCAGAAAAGCUGGAUGACUUUGAAUCAUCUUUUCCUUGGUAAUUUCAGAAGCUGAGACACCUUGGUCAGAGAGAGGUACCCCAUCCCUGUCCACAUGAGGUAUGUGGGGGUGUCCGGUUUAUUCUUGGAGUACUAGAUGGGUGCAGAUGUCUCUGAUCCCAUAUGUAACAGCACCCUUGGCAUGUGUCCCUUGCAGGCCCUACUGUUAGCCACACACCUGCUCCCCUGCCACACCGAGCUGACCUCAGAGUUGUUCAUCUUUGUUGUGUGAUAAAAGCAGGUCAACGGAAAAAUGGGCAGGGAGAGGUUACCUCGGAAACAUCUCUAAAGAUGGCUGAAGGGUUUUAAGAUGUCUUAAGGCUUGGGGCGGGGGGGGGUCAUUCAAAGCUUUAGAAUAUUUAUUGGGUUUUUGUUUAAUCAAUUAUUUGGUAGAUUUGAGGACCUUUUUUUCUGUAGCUCAAAGGUGGAAGGGGUUUAUUAGUUAACCAAAUAUUAUUGAGACGAAUUUAAAAUACUGUUACUACCAAAGAUUUUUAUGAAUAAAAGCUUCUAUUUUGAUAAUACUUCUCUAUAUUUUUACUCACAGGAAUGUCACUGUUGGACAAUUAUCAUUCCAAAAGCUUGUAAAAACAAGUCUCAUAAAUGAUAUGAGCAAUCUAAAUUUGCAGCAAUUAUACUAACCAAUUAUCUGAAAUUUCUCAAGCACCAAGAGAAACAUAAAGAGAAAUGUUUCAUCAAAGGUGGGAAGAAAAAACAAAUAUUUUUGUCUUGAACAUAUCCUGGGUGUGAUGUUGACAUUCCCAUAAUCGGCUAUGCUCCGAGUCCGUAAGAGUCAUAGGUUUCCAUUAUCUGCUAAAAUCAUACAAGCUGAUGCUUCUAUUUUCUCUUGUAUAGGAAGUAGUUUGAAAUGGGGUUUUGUAUAUAAAUAUUGUAUUAAAAUUAGGUGAUUACCAAAAAUCCUUUUAUGGAAACAUUUUUUAAGAAGGGAAUGUGCACAAAUCCACAGGGGACUGUGGUUGAACAUUCAUCUAAAUAAAUUUGAAUA